AUGGGCAACCGGCGAAACCUGCGCCGAGCUUCAUCACAAGAGGAAGACGAAGGCGACGUCUUUGAUGACAAGUCGGAAAUAAGCUCUGGAAGCGACGAAGAGGAGUCGUCUCGUGGUGUCGACGCUCUUGGCGGCAGCUCAGACACCGCAGUUGACGUCGGAGUCUCUUCUUCGACUCGCUGUGUUGCUGAGCCUGCUGUGACGGGUGGGCACUUCGCGGUCAGCACAAACCGUACAAAGGCUUUUGCCGAGGCACCAGCUGAUGCAGAAACUCGAAGCAGUAGAAAAGCGGUUCCAGAGACGGACGUUGGCGGACCGCGCCGAGGAAUCCCCCGUGGUGAUGGUGGCAAGCCUAGAAUAAAGACGACAUGGCAGCUUAUGCAAGAAGACCCUUCAUUUGUUCCUAGAGAAACUCGCUACUUCUUACACGACGACCGGCGCGACUGCGACGGCGAAGAGUCUGAGGCAUCAAAGCAAACCUCCGAUAGCGAUCCCGAAACGUCGUUGCCUAAAAGCACGCAGACUCGUGUGGGCCAAAGUAAGAAGCUUUGGACGCCGGAUGAAGACAAGGGUGUGUGGAAGCAUGAUAUGUGGGAGCAGCUGCAGAAGGACGAUGCUGAGGCCCUUACCACUGCCAGUAGCUGGACCAGAGGACGAUCCAACGCAGGCAGACGGGGUGGAUUCUACAGUUUUGGGAGGGGACGCCGGGGAGAUAAUUGGGGGCCACGCGCUCCCCGUGGCGGCAGGUCUGGAGGCUCUGAUGGCUACAGCCAUGAGUCAUGGCGUGGAGGAUGGCGGCCGAGAGGCAGGAGCAGAGGGCAGGGCUGGAGUGUCGAUGGGCGGAAGCAGUACGUCCCUAGACAGACUGCGGCGGCGGAGUGA